UCCGCUGUAUACGAGAGGCGUGCACGUGGGUAUGCGGGUGUCACUCUAUCCCAGCUGGACGGACAACACAAACUUCAAAGAAGAAAAGAACAACCUGUAGAACGGCCAGAUUGAUCAAGCUUCUCUUUUGGAUUUAAUAAAUCUUCUCGGUGCUAAAGUACUUGAAGUUUUAAGCCGGGACUUGUUUCCCAUUUGGCACAGGACGCAUCUGUCACCGACUGCUACUGGGUGCCUGGAGCUGCCAAAGUCAUGCCGGCCGGGUUUCAGCAACUCGGAGGGGAGACAGUGACUGGAACCCUUGCUCUGUCAGUCUUCACUGCUGUCCUAGGAUCUCUAGAGUUUGGCUACAACAUCGGUGUCAUUAAUGCACCUCAGAAGAUCAUUGAGGCGGACUACAACGCUACAUGGGUGCACCGGUAUGGAGAGCCUAUCCCAGCAGGGACCCUCACCUCCCUCUGGUCACUGUCCGUGGCCAUCUUUUCCAUUGGCGGCAUGCUCUCCUCGUCCUGCGUGGGUUUUGUGUCUGAGUGGCUGGGCAGGAGGAAAGCCAUGCUCAUAAACAACAUGUUUGCCUUCAUGGGUGGAAGUCUGAUGGGGUUGUCCAAGCUCUGUCGCUCCUUUGAAAUGAUGAUCCUUGGACGUUUCAUCAUCGGUGCCUACUGUGGGUUGGCAUCCGGCCUGACGCCAAUGUAUGUGGGGGAGAUAGCACCUACGAGUCUUCGAGGGGCGCUGGGCACGUUGCACCAACUGGCUAUAGUCACUGGAAUUCUCAUAGCACAGAUCCUUGGUCUGGAGUCCUUACUCGGCAGUGAGGAGUUGUGGCCCGUUCUGCUGGGUUUAACCGUGGUGCCGACUGUGCUUCAGAUGGGUCUGCUGCCCUUCUGUCCGGAGAGCCCUCGGUUCCUCUACAUUGUCCGGUGUCAGGAACACCAUGCCAAGAGUGGCCUGAGGAGGCUAACAGGAAGGCAGGAAGUGGGCGACAUGCUGGCCGAGAUGAAGGAGGAGAAGAGGAGGAUGGACAUGGAGAGGAAGGUGUCCAUCCCAGAGCUCUUUCGCUCGUCGCUUUACCGCCAGCCCAUCGUCAUCUCCAUCCUGCUGCAGCUCUCCCAGCAGCUGUCUGGGGUCAACGCAAUCUUCUACUACUCCACCAGUAUCUUCAUGAAGGCAGGAGUCCAGAGUCCAGUCUAUGCCACCAUAGGAGCUGGAGCAGUGAACUGUGCCUUCACCGUGGUCUCGCUUUUCCUCGUCGAGAGGAUGGGUCGACGGACACUCCACAUGUUAGGACUGGGUGGAAUGUGCAUAUGUGCCAUCGUCAUGACCAUUGCUCUCGCUUUACUGGACAGUGUUCCUGGGAUGAGCUACUUGAGCAUGCUGGCUAUCUUCGGCUUUGUGGCCUUCUUUGAGGUGGGCCCAGGUCCCAUCCCGUGGUUCUUUGUAGCCGAGCUGUUUUCUCAAGGUCCAAGGCCAGCUGCCAUGGCUGUAGCAGGCUGUUCCAACUGGACCGCCAACUUCAUUAUCGGCAUGGGCUUCCAAUAUGUUGCUGACCUUUGUGGGCCAUAUGUCUUCCUGAUCUUUGCAGCGCUUCUCCUUUUCUUCCUCAUCUUCACAUUCUUCCGGGUGCCGGAGACGCGGGGUAAAACGUUUGACCAGAUCGCAGCCAACUUCCACCAGCACUCAGCAGGAGGGAUGAUGGAUAUGGACAUGGACCUGGACAAGCCCAGCACUGAAUUGGACUACUUGGGAGAGGAAAGCAUCAACUGAGGAGUCCCUGUUGAAGAAAACUUAAACUUGAGUACAACAUGAGAUGAACUGUAUAUACAGGCCUGGCCCCAAACUUUUAUUUUCUGACAUGUAUAUUGAGGUCUAUUGUUGUAGAUUGUGGUGCCAAAGCAGUGUUAAGUGUGUGACAGUUUGGUGCCACAGCAAUACAUGGUGAUGAAUUCUGUCUUGAAAAAGGGCUACAAACCUAUGGAUUUGGGGUUGACUGUUGUAGUUUCAAGGAAUAUGAUGCACAUAAGAAUGAUAUGUCUGGACUGUGAAGGCAUUGACUGCUGAUGUGAUAGGGUUUUUUUUAUUAUUCCAUGGCGAUGCACGCGGUUGCAAUAUUGACAGACGGAGACGGAGAGACUUCCUGCACUUUAUAAACAAAAGAGAUCCAAAGUUUUCAAAGUUUGGAGGUACAGGAACAAGUAGGAUUAACAGCUAUGAGGUUAAUACAGUUUGCCUGCUUAUCAAAGGUGGGAACACACUAGAAGAUGAGUAAACACACCUAAAUGAGAUUUAUUAGAUGACAUUUCAUUUUAGAACUUUACCUAGUGGGGUUUGGGUAAAAUAGGGCACAGCUAGAAGAUCCCUGGACUGUUCUGUGUGGAGCGUUCUCCCGGUUCCUGCGUGGGUUCUCACAAGGUGCUCCGGCUUCCUCCCACAGUCCACAGACAUGCAGAGGGUAACUGGUGAUUCUAAAUUGUCCUUUGGGGUGAAUGUGACCUGCGACCUGUCCAGGUGUACCCUGCCUUAGCCUGAAAGUCAGCUGGGAUAGGCUCCAGCCCCUCCUGACACCCUACAGAGGAUGACGUGGUGUCUAGAUGAUGGAUGGAUGGAUUUGGGUCUAAAUACUUCGGGUUUGAAAUCCUUUUUGGUACCAACUGCAAGUGUUAAAAUUUAUCAUGAUAAAAGAUUGCGUAAAAAUGGCCCGGUUGAACUGAUGUGUAGACUUUAAGGGAAUUUGCCAAAACUUAUCUGCAGUUUUUUGCAUCGGACAUAACCAUUUAGAACAUGCAGGGGAAAAAAAAAACAAACAUGUCAUUUAUACUUAAGCAUUGAAUCAGCAUCCAAGGCCCAUAAUAGCAUGACAGCUGUCACUGGUGAACCAUGACUGACCUUCUGGAGAGAGUCUUCAUUGCCCCACUGGACUUUCAUUCAUGUGUGUUCCCACCUUUCUGAUCCCAAAACAACCCAUUGCACAUCCUGCAGAAAUGUUCCUUUAAAAGAUUUAUUUUGGUACGUCACAUGUACAUAUAGCGUGUUGUUUGCUUGUUGAUAAAGUAUGAGGGUCUAAAUUCUUUAUGCACUCCAACUGGUGUUUGGUUUUGUAAACGGUAGCCUGAUAUACUCAAGUGAGACGUGCGGUCACAGGGGCUGCCUGUGAAGAGUAGAUCUUGUAGAUUAAUUUUGUAUCCAGUUUGUGUAUUUUUUCUUGGCAUCUUUCAUGUGUGCCGUUUGCCAUCUUGUUCUUUAACGGUGUGUAUCACUACAUUCUGAAGAAAAUGUAUAGAGAUUGCUGAGAGAGGACCUGUUAUUUGUAGAGUGAAUAUUGAUGCUGUGUUCGUGUAAUCAGAAAAUACUGUACUUUGGCUGAAAACGCCUGAAGGCAAUCAAGAAUUUCUAACUAGAUCUUUAAGUUGUGCUUAAUAUGAAGCAUAUUUUAAAUACCUUCUGAUUUGCACCCUGGAUAUUAUCAGACACGAAGAAUCCUGAGAUUUGCAAACAUGAUUUAUUAAUUAGCAUUUUAAGUACUGACAUUGCACAUAAUCCCCUCCAAAGAAAAGCCCACACAAAUAAGUAAGACAAAAAAAAAAAAAGGAAAUAAAGUUUCUUUUCAUCAAUCCAUCUUAACUGAGGAGAUGAAGGGAGUAGCAUGUUUCAAGAAUUGAUUUGAGGUGGUGACAGAACUAAACUGACUCCCAGAAUGCACCACCAGCUGCACACCUGCUUGGGGUUCCCCUCUUCAACCAAAUUAAAACACUAAAUGAAAAA